ACAGCACGCAGGACUAACGGGAACACAGCCACGGGGCACCCGCGCGGCGCGCCCUCCCGCGCCAGCUCGAAGGCUUACUUUGGUCCCACCUCCUUUCCUCUUGCUCCUUCGAAUCCCUUCCCCCUCCGCCGUUUCCGGAUAGGAACACUUUGUAAAUUCUUUCCAAGUUGAAGCGUGGGACCAAUUUCGUCAACACAAUCCGGAAUGGUCAACAUGGCGGCGGCUGUAAGAUGCCUCGGUAGAGUCUUGAUACAUCAGCAAAGGCAUAGUCUUUCCAAGAUGGCUUCUCAGACAUCUCUUUAUCCUUGUUCUGUGUACGUUCUGGUGCCCAACAGACAUUUUGCUGCUGCUACAAGGCCUGCAAAGAAAACAAAAAAAGGUGCCAAAGAAAAAGCAUCGGAUGAGAAAAAAGAUGAGAUAGAAAAAAUAAAGUCAUAUCCCUUUAUGGAAGGUGAACCUGAAGAUGAUGUCUACCUAAAACGCUUAUAUCCAAGGCAGAUAUAUGAGGUUGAGAAAGCUAUUCACUUACUUAAGAAAUUUCAAGUUCUGGACUUUACUAAUCCAAAGCAAGGUGUCUAUCUUGAUUUGACACUGGAUAUGACACUGGGGAAGAAGAAAAAAGUGGAGCCAUUUGCCAGUGUUCUUAGUUUGCCAUACCCAUUUGUUUCAGAGACCAGUAAAGUUGCUGUAUUUACAGGGAAUGCAUCAGAGAUAAAAAUAGCAGAAGAAAAUGGAGCUGCAUUUGCAGGAGGAACUAAUCUGAUUCAGAAGAUUUUGGAUGAUGAAAUUCAACCAGACUUUUAUGUAGCUGUUCCAGAAAUAAUGCCGGAGCUUAAUCCAUUAAGGAAGAAACUGAAAAACAGAUUUCCUAAGCUUACUCGAAAUUCCAUUGGCCGAGACAUCCCCAAAAUGCUUGAAUUAUUUAAAACUGGACAUGAAAUUAAGGUAGAUGAAGAAAGGGAGAACUUUCUGGAGACCAAAAUAGGAACACUGGAUAUGUCAAGUGACCAGAUAGCUGCCAAUCUGCAAGCAGUUAUCAGUGAAGUUUGUAGGCAAAGACCGCUGAAUUUGGGACCCUUUGUGAUACGUGCUUUCCUUCGAAGUUCAACAAGUGAAGAGAAUGAGAGACAGAGAAACAGAGGGAACAUGUACGCACAUGAUGUUAUAUAAACAGACCUGAAUUACAAGAAGUGUUAAAGGAAGUCCUUCCAGAGGAAGAAAACUGUUACCAGUAUAAACCCAGUUCCAUACAAAUGAAUGAAGAAUGCCAGAAAUGGAAAAUUUGUGGGAAACUAUGAAAAAUGCUUUUCUGAUUUUUAUCCUUUCUUUAAAAAAAAUUACCUUUUAAAAGCAAAUGUAAUAACAGUGUAUGGUGGGGUUUAUAACAGUUUGAAGUAAAAUGAAGGAAAAUAGCACAAAGGUUGGCAUGGUAUAUACUUAUACUUGGCUUAUUUCAGUUGUGUGCAGCUUUCUGUGUUCAUCUUGUAUUUUUAGUGGAUGAAAUCACAUGUAAAAUCAAAAGUCAAGUUAAUACUAAAAAUUUUUGUUAUCGUGUUAAAACAAGUUUGCAUUUUUGAAAACAUUGUAGUAGAACUGAUUGUAUAGUUCACCUAGUAUGACAAAAGUUUGCAUCCAUGUUACCAUGGUGAAAAUCAAGAUACAGAAAAUUUCCAUCACCCCCAAAAGUUUACUUAUACACUUUGUACUGAUUCUUGCCUUCAGCUCCAAGCAACAGUAGAUUUGUGUUCUGUCACUAUAGUUUCGCUUGCUGUAGAAUUUCAUAUGGAUGGAUCAUACACUGUUAUGUAUAUGUUUUAAUAUUUUAAAAUUCAUCCACAUUGCUGCAUGUAUCAAAUAGAUCAUUCUUUUCUAUUGCUGAAAUAUAUUCCAUUGUAUAGAUACGCCAAAUGUAUUUAUCCAUUCAUUCACCUGUUGAUGGGUAUUUGUGUUGUUUCCAGUUUGUGGUUAUUAUGAAUAAAACUUCUCUGAACAUUAAAGUACAAGCUUUUUUUUGGUGGACAUUUGCCUUCUUCUCCCUUGGAUUAAUAAUGGAACUGCUAGGUCAUAUGGUGACAGCUUUCAUAAGAAACAACCAAAUAGGUCUCCAAAGUGUUUGUACUAUUUUAUACCCCCAACAGCAAUGUCUGAAAGUUGAAAUUGCUUCAUAUCCUUGGGAAAAGUUGCAUUUUUAAUGUUUAGUUCUAGCUAUUCUAGUGGGUGUGUAGUGAUAUCUCAUUGUGAUUUUAACUUGCAUUUCCCUAGUGACUAAUGAUGCUAAGCAUCUUUUUAUGUGCUAAUUAACUGUUCUUCUGUCUCCUUUGGUAAUUAGUACAAAGUGUCUAUUCAAAUCUUCCGAUCUUUUGAAAAGUUGGAUUGUUUGUCUUCUUAUUGAAUUGUAAGGUUACUUUAUAUUAUCUGGUUUCAAGCCCUUUGUCAAAUACAUGUAUUGCAAAUAUCUUCUUCCAGCUGAGGACUGA